CUAUAAAGCGGUCUCCCCGCACCAUGCGAAGGAGCCUCCCACCCGGGGUUGAUAUCUCCAAGAAGUGUAACGUGUAGCCACGUCUGUUCUGGCAGGCGCGCUCCCCGCCCCGCCGCCGCCGUUGUUCCGCCGCCGUUCCUUCUCCGGGCAGGCUCCACCUUCGGUCACCGAUCUUGCACCGGAGCCACUGCGCUCCUUACGCCCAUUCCCGCCCGCCCUUCAUAGCGACGGCGCCUCAAAACGUUGGCAGUGCGGGGAGAGGCGGCAGCGGGACUCGCAGUGGUGGCGGCGACAGCAGCGGCAGCAGCUCUCCAGCCGGCUCCCUCCAAUCUCUAUAGCGCGUGAAAACGACGCCUCGGGCAGCAGGUAGGCGAAACCCAGCCUCGCCGCAUCAGCCCCCUCGGGGCUCCUGAGACCAACGCUUGAUCCUGAGCACGGAAGUGUAAAAUACUUAUUCCUAUUAUCCUUCCAAUGAAGAGCUGGUAUCAGAUGUAGCAGUGUCUGGGUUUUAUCUGUUGGCUGUACAAAAAUAUGAUGACCCAGUGGAAAGAUCAAAUUUCCUUAGGCCUUCUCUUCCAUUUGGCCUUUUCCUUUGUGUAUGGCUUCCCUGCUGAUUCCGGGACUGAAUUCCGGUCUGCCUUCUCUGUCGCUAGGACCAGCAGCAUGGAAGGAAGCACCGAGAUGGUGAUCACCUUUGAUAAGGUCUAUGUAAACAUAGGGGAUGACUUUGAUCCCAAAGCUGGACUAUUUCGAUGUCGUAUCCCUGGAGCCUACUAUUUCUCCUUCACUGUCGGAAAGUACCCCAAGAAAAAUUUAUCAGUCAUGCUAAUGAGAAACAAGAAUGAAGUGCAGGCAAUUGUAUAUGACGAACAUCACCGUAAAGAGCGAAAAGUGGCCAGCCAAAGUGCCAUGCUACAACUGGACUACGGUGAUACUGUGUGGCUACGUUUACACGGGGAUCCAAAGUAUGCCCUGUAUAGCAAUGUGGGCCCCUAUACAACUUUCAAUGGGUACCUCAUUUAUCCAGACACCUCUAGCUACUUUCAGAAUAGAAUAGGAUCUCCAGAACUAGGAAAAGAACCAUCUCAGCCUCCCUCUCAUGUCAUUCAGCAGCUUUCCAUCAACCAAAACCAAAUCUCAGAAAGACUUCUGCUUUCUGAUGAACCCGCCAGACCACAGGAUCCUCGCUCUGCCUUUUCAGCUGCCCGUUCCGAAAGCCUCCUGGGAUCGGAUGAAAAGCAAACCCAGCACGAGCCCAUCACAUUUGACUCAGAGUUUGUGAACAUUGGGAAUGACUUCAAUUUUUCAACUGGCAUCUUUACCUGCCGUGUUCCUGGCGCCUACUAUUUUUCAUUCACCAUUGGUAAAAUGCCUUUCAAAACAAUGUCAGUAAAGCUGAUGAAGAACCACAAUGAAGUUCAGGCCAUGAUCUAUGAUGACAACCACUCCAAAAGGAGGGAGAUGCAGAGCCAGAGCAUUAUGCUCCCUCUGCAAGCUGGUGACAUUGUCUGGCUCUACAGUCACCAGCAUGAUGGCUACGGUGCUUACAGCAAUCAUGGCAAAUACAUAACCUUCACCGGCUUCCUUGUCUAUCCAGAGACUAAGACAAAAUCCUCUUCAGAUUCCAACAUUUCUCCAGGGUCAAAUCUCUAAAUGUGCAUAUUACAACAUAAGCAUAAGAGUAUUCCAGAUGCAGCAGUCUCUUGUGCAAGUCCUGGACAAAUACCGCUCUUCAUAUGAGAAGAUACAAGCAUGCUAUUACAUGUCCAGUGUAUUCCUUAUGGACACCUUCCUUGUGUUUUCUGCCUGCAGAGCCAUUGUUGUUUCUCUCAUUCAUCCCUAAAAUGACAUUCACAAGUUGGUGUGUUUUGUUCAUGAUUACUGUUAGACAUAAGACUAAAGCAUGAGUCAAUUUGGGGAGUAAAGGAAUAAGGGGAGAUAAAUGAAAUAUGCAAAAAUGGACAUUUGAAAAAUGCUGAAAAGGGUUAUAUGGUAAAAGGCUCCCUCUGCAGAACGUUUGAGAAGUGAUAACAUUCUGUGUAAUUGUUGGCAAACAUCACAAGAGAGGGACAGAUAUAAUGGGACAUCAAAUAAAACCUGAAACUAAAAGGAUUGUGUGUAUUUGUACAUUUGAUGUUGCGAUAUUCAAACCUUUCCAUUCAUGAAAAAGAAUCCCAAGCUUUAAAUGUGUAGUAUGUUUGUAGUGUAUCUCCAAUAAUUGAAGAAUCAUUUGAUGUUUGAGAAAUUAAAAAAGUACUGGAUAUUUU